UUGAUUGUGUCGUACCGUCCGCAUACGAUUGGUACUGUGUGCGCCAAAGUCGAGAAGAAUCUCGGGGCCACAGCUCGGUCCGCUCGGUUCGUGCUUCUAAUCAAUCAAAUAGUCAAUAUUGGCUUACUUUGUUCGCUCUAUCGGUCGCCUUUACCAAAAAAAAGCGUACACAUUAGAUAACGUUCCCGAUAGAAGCCGCGAUUCGUCGUACCGUUCGUGAAGAUGAUUCGUUCAGUUUUGGUCCUGCGCUCCGCCAGCAAGUGGUACGAUUCCGGAUUUCGUUCAAGUUUGAGCUCGGUGACGACGUUUACAGUGCGCGCGAUGCAUAGCAACAAUCCGUUAAAGCAAAGCCAGGCCUUCGUCAAUGGCCGCUGGAUUGGAGCCCGCUCGGGAGCAACGUUCGAUGUGCAAAAUCCUGCCAACGGGCAGGUUUUGGGUGCCGUACCGGACAUGAACCGGGAAGACGUACAGCUGGCCAUCGAUGCGGCGUACGACGCAUUCUAUCAGCCAAGCUGGCACAACAGUACCGCGAAGGAGCGAUCGGCGAUGCUGAAGAACUGGCACGCACUGAUGGAGAAAAACCGCCAGGAGAUUGCCAGCAUUAUGACGGCCGAAUCGGGCAAACCGUUGGUGGAAUCGUUGGGCGAAGUUACGUACGGCAACUCGUUCGUCGAAUGGUUUGCCGAGGAGGCACGUCGCAUUUACGGUGAAAUCGUUCCGUCGCCCGUAGCGAACCGGCAGAUCAUGAUGACGCGCCACCCGGUCGGUGUGGCGGGUCUGAUAACACCGUGGAACUUUCCGCACGCCAUGAUUACGCGCAAGGCGGCCGCCGCGAUUGCGGCCGGCUGUACGGUGGUUAUUAAACCGGCCGAAGAUACACCGCUGACGGCGCUAGCACUGGCCAGGCUGGCUGAGGAAGCUGGCUUCCCGAAAGGUGUUAUCAACGUGAUAACGAGCAGCCGUACGCAUGCAGCCGAAAUUGGACAGCUGCUAUGCGGUAGCGAUAAGGUGGCGGCCAUAUCGUUUACCGGAUCGACCGAGGUGGGCAAGCUGCUGUACCGGCAGUGUGCGGAUGGCGUGAAGCGUAUUGGGCUCGAGCUCGGUGGUAAUGCACCGUUCAUUGUGUUUAAAUCGGCCGACAUGGAGAAAGCACUGACCGGAGCUAUGAACUCGAAGUUCCGCAACUGUGGCCAAACAUGCAUUUCCGCCAAUCGAUUCCUGAUCCAGGACGAGGUGCACGAUGAGUUUGUGGAGAAACUUGUUGAGCGUAUCCGCAAGCUUGCGAUCGGCGAUGGUAGCCGGGAUGGUGUACAGAUUGGUCCUCUGAUCAAUCAAGCACAGCUCACGAAAGUCGAGCGUUUUGUGCAGGACGCAAGGGAGAAAGGAGCGACGGUACGCUGCGGUGGACAAACUUUGCCCAAACAUGGCGCACUUUACUACGAACCAACGGUCGUUACGGACCUGCGCGACAAUAUGCUCCUGUACAACGAGGAAGUGUUCGGGCCGGUGGUGUCGGUGGUACGGUUCAAAACGGAAGCCGAAGCCCUUGCCAUUGCGAACGGUACGCGCCGUGGAUUGGCCGGAUAUUUCUUCUCGAACGACCUGAAUCAAGUGUUCCGUGUGGCGCGCCAACUCGAGACGGGCAUGGUCGGCAUCAACGAGGGACUCAUUUCGGCUACCGAGGCUGCAUUCGGAGGCAUCAAAGAAUCGGGAAUUGGACGUGAAGGUUCACGCCACGGCAUCGAUGAAUAUGUCUACAUUAAAUAUCUCUGCUAUGGCAACCUGCAGCAGUAAAAUCGAUAAUGACCGAUAUUACAAGAGGCACGCUAGGUGCUACUAGUCAGCGUUAAGCGAAACGAUCUAUUCCGCAGCAUUACAUGCAUCUUACGCACACACUCACAAAUUGUAACAAGUAACUCCAUUGUACGUCUUCCAUUUGCUUGGACAAGAAAUUACCAGUGCAUAGCAUUAAGCCAUAACUGUAUAUGUAAACGAAGCUGUUUAAUCAAUAAACACGUUAAUAAAGUGUAGGAGCAGUCCAAUUGAGCUGCCUUCCAAUUACAA